AGUUUUCUUCCCAUGUUGUUCUUGUUCAUCAAGCUCUUUAUUGUUUUGUGUUAAUUACUUUUUCAAAUGUGCAUCAUGCAGGCGAUGUUCCAGAUUGUUUUCCAAAACACAAACGAAGCUGAGCUUCUUCCAGUGACGUGUGUUGAGGAAACGUGGCCAUCAGCAGCUGCAGACUGGCUUCCUGACGGCGUCAGACUGAUCCUUACAUCCAAUGACGACCAGGAGAAACGGAGGAAAAGCAGUGAUCCUGUUUCUGAUGAUGAUUCUCCAAUCAAACCGAAGAGAAGAAGAAUCUCUGCUGCAUCACCACUGAGAGACUGCAGCUCUGCUGCAGCACCACUGAGAGACUGCAGCUCUGCUGCAGCACCACUGAGCCACCACGCCUCUCCUCCUGCUCCAGGGAGCCAUCAUCAUGGUUCCUGUUUUCAUCUUUCACUCCUCAAAAGUAUUCUAAUGAACCAGGAAGUUCUGAUGGAUCAGAUUAAAAUAAUUUACAAAUCAAUCCAAGGCCUGCAGACUCCAUCUGGAGACGAGUUGCUGCUGAAAUCGUUUCCUCUGAACAGCCAACAGUCUGUUGAAGACAUGGAGGCUCAACUUCAUGACAACCCAGAGCUUCACAAUCAGCUGAGCGCGGCUCUGGCUCUGCAGGGAGGAGGAUCACUGAACGAGUGUGUGGGCAGGAUCAUGGCAGCGCUGCUCACACACACUCGCUCAGCCAGCAGAUGAACUGGCGCGGCGUGAACGGGAAGAUCGGCUUCCAGCGUCUCCACAUGAAGAAACUGGUGACCAUGGCUGUGAGGCGCAAUCGGCUCACUGCCACAGCAACCGACAGAGAGAUCGAGGCCAGAAUCACCAAAUGGCUGCAAAACGCCGCGGACCGAAACGGAGGCAGAGACGAGAGGAGGAAGAGCAGGAAGAGGAGGAAGAGCAGGAACGUCUGAGCUGACAGCGGGACAGCGG